GAGUGCACUUUUGUUAGUGACCAGUGUCAGCAAUAGAUGCAUGGAGACAGCUGAUGGCAGAAGGUGAUCUUCGUGCACAUAUCACUGUCACGUAGGAUAUUUAUAAAAAUGCUGCCGAUGGGUUGAGUGUGUCUAAGCUGGUCUUAAACGAGGUCGGCGGGUGAACUCUCUCGUAGCUUUCCAGGUACGCGGAAGCAGAUAAAUGGGGUGCUCUUCUAUUGUGACCACGAAUGAUCAGCUAUGGACCAGAUCACUUUUCAUCAUGAUACUGUGCUGUCAGAUGUUCACAUGCUCCUGCCUAAUACAAGCCACCUUAUGACACGCCUCAACCAUGUUGGCCAGCCUGUCUUCAGCUCCAACUUCAAGAUCUUGUUGAAUGAUGAGAGGCUUGACAACAAUGACCCAGGUCAAAGUUUAGAGCAGGAAAAAUGUGAUGACCCAAGGGAAGACUUGGAAAAAGACACAAAUGCCACCAAAGAAAAGGUUGGAGAUGAAGGUGGGGAAGGAAAUGUGGAACUGUGCUUAGAUGAGGAUGGAGACCUUCACAUUACACGUCGGCUGAGGAAAGAGGGACGAGGACGAGACUUGGUCUGCCCCAUCAUUCUCCAACAAUCUAACCCUCUACUUGAACAAGAAGAGGAAAAUACUGAUGAUAAAGCUGAUAAGUACUACAAAGACAUCAUAAGGAUUGAGCACACUAUGGCAACACCCCUGGAAGAUGUUGGCAAGCAGGUUUGGCGGGGGGCAUUUCUUUUCGCUGACUUCAUCCUGUCUCAGCCGGUCAUGUUUAAAGGAGCUACAGUCCUAGAGCUUGGAGCGGGAACAGGAUUAACCAGUGUUGUCAUGGCAACCACAGCCAAAACAGUGUACUGCACAGAUGUGGGAGAAGACCUUCUAAGCAUGUGUAAGAGAAAUGUGACAUUAAACAAGCACAUGACGGAACCUGCAGGUGGUGAAGUGAGAGUGAGGCAGUUAGAUUGGCUCCAGCAUUCCCUUUGUACAGAUGCUGAUGGGGAGUUUAACUGGACAGAGGAGGAAGUUGCCGAUUUGUACGACAACACUAGCUUCAUUGUUGCUGCUGAUGUUUGCUAUGAUGAUGACCUGACAGAUGGCUUUUUUCGAACACUGUAUCAACUCUGCAGCAACUUUACUCACGCCUGCACAAUCUUCAUCUCCAUAGAGAAGAGGAUGAACUUCACUCUGCGCGACAUGGAUGUUUCCUGCGAAGCUUACAAUUAUUUCAGCCACUGUUUGUCCCAACUCAACGACCUGAUGGAUGGAAGAUGUUGCUUCAGAGUGGAACAACUCCCUUCUAACUAUGCACAGUUUUUCUUGUACGAACGCAUAGAGCAGCUGGAGCUGUGGAAGGUGUCUAUGACUCCACUUCCAUUUGACCAAGCCCAGCCUGAUUGUGAGCCAUUUUAGCUUGCCCUGGGUUCACAUGGGAGCAACGAAACAGUACUGAGCAUACAGAUCCAGCUCACGGUUGAAGUUUUGUAAUAUAGACCGUUACAACAAAAAAAGUGUCAGCAAUUUAGUAUGUUCAAGAUAGAUUUUUCUCAAAAUCAGUUUUCAUUAUUUAUUGUUCAACCUGUUCCAUGCAUUCAUACAUGAUCAUAAUGGAAUUUAUUAAACUUCGGUGAUCAAACGUCA